CGAUCCGCUCGACAGCUCUGACAUCGGACCAAGUAGUUCUUGUCCAGAUAGCAUCUACGACGAGCUAGAAGGUGGCUUCAAACCGUCUUGGCUUUUUUCAGCCGGUAGUCGUUCCCUGCUGUCCGAUAGCGAUCGUUCGUGUCAUUGAGUAACCAUGGCGGUGGUCAUCCCCGCCCACUCGUACACAUGGAUUUUCGUCAUGACGUUGCUGUUCGCCUUUCUUGACGCCUACUCAAUCGGUGCCAAUGACGUCGCCAAUUCCUUCGCCACGUCCGUCGGGUCGCGGUCGCUCACCUUGGCGCAAGCCGUGUUCAUCGCCAUUUUCACUGAGUUCGGAGGAGCCAUCGCCCUCGGCGCGUCCACGACCAAGACCGUGAAGGACGGCAUCAUCCAGACCAGUAUGUUCAACAGUAGGCCGGACCUGCUCAUGUCGGGUUUCAUGUGCGCGCUCGUCUCGUCGUCCACGUGGGUCAUGUUCGCCACGUACCUCGGGAUGCCCGUCUCGACCACGCACUCAAUCAUUGGCGCGCUUAUCGGAAUUGGCGUUAGCGCGUUCGGCAUUGACGCUGUGAACUGGGGCUGGAACGGCAAGGGCGUGGCCCAGAUCGCGACGUCGUGGGUGCUCGCGCCCACCUUUGCCGGCAUUCUCGCCGCAGCUAUCUACCUCAUCACCCUGUACGGUGUAAUGAAGCGUAAGAAUUCUCUCCGCGCGGGUAUCUACGCGAUUCCCGUCUACUUCACAAUCACAACGUUCAUCGUCUCCUUUUAUGUUGCCACUAAGAACGGCAAGUCGACCCUCGACUUCAAGCCCAAGACUACUGGUGGAGCCCUCCAGGUCACUGGGAAUGUUGCCCUGGCCUUCGGUAUCAUUGGCGGAGUUACGGGCGCGGUGCUCAUUUUCUGCGUCGCCCUCCUUGUGCCAUUCUUCAUCCGGCGUCUGGAGAGGGAGGAGUCUCUCAAGUGGUACCACAUCUUCUACAUUCACUGCGUGCCGGAGCAGCCGCAGGACCCCAAGAUCGACCUCUACUUGAAGCGCGCAUUCACGCCUCAGCUUCUGAAGGACGACGAGAAGAAGGAGCUGGGUAUGCCUGUCGACGAUCCCGAGGAGGACAAAGAGAAGGAGCUUGAGAAGCCGCCUGCCAAGAACCCGUUGGUGCGAUUCUACAACCACAUCAAGCUGCUGCUUUGGCGGUCGAUCUUCAUGGACGUCGCGAGCCUGCAGCACGAGAACAAGGGCGCGGUGCGCGCGCACGAGGUGGCAAUCAUCUAUGACAACAAGACCGAGUACCUCUAUUCGCUGCUACAAGUCAUGACCGCCGCUUUCGCUAGUUUCGCACACGGCUCGAACGACGUCGCGAACGCGCUGGGUCCGCUGGCGGGCGUGUAUCAGAUCUGGAGCGAGGGCACGUUCAAGACGGACGCAUCUGUGCCUACGUGGAUGCUCGCGUACGCCGGUCUCGGACUCGACUUCGGCCUUGCUUUCUAUGGUUACCAUAUCAUGCGAACUCUUGGUAACAAUAUCACCUACCACUCUCCCUCGCGUGGAUUCUCCAUGGAGCUCGGCGCGGCUCUCUCCGUCAUCACGGCGUCGUUCCUCGCGCUGCCCGUCUCCACGACUCAAUGCAUCGUCGGCGCCACGGUGGCUGUGGGGCUGUGCAACGGCAACUGGAGAGCUAUUAACUGGGCUAUGGUGGGCAUUUCUGGCUUCGGAUGGCUUCUCACGCUGCCUUGGGCUGGUACCUGUGCCGGGUUGCUGUAUGCGAUUCUUACCCGCGGACCUAGCUUUACCAUGCCGCCGGGCAUGUAAGAAGCGAUAAGCGGGCGUAGGAGUGAGGGUUUAGAGUGGGUUCAUGAAACGUUUGGGAGUUGAUGGGUAGAGUAGAUUCCUCGUUUUUGUGGUUGCUGACUGCUUCUGGCCAGCUGUCGGUUUGUAUGUCUUAUAUUAUCGUGUCCCAAUAACAAAGUAGCAUUUGU